CUGUAGUGAUGCAGCAAGAUAGAGGAGGGGGAGGGAGUGAUCAAGACAUGAAGCAGCAUCAACAGCAAGAUCGGAGAUUAAUGAAGCCUUUGACGGGCGAGAAUCAACAGCCGCCGCCGCCGCUGCAGCAGCAACAACCGCACCCAACUCAAAAGUGUCCUCGUUGUGAGUCUCUUAAUACAAAGUUUUGUUACUACAACAAUUACAGUCUAUCGCAGCCUCGUUAUUUCUGCAAGACUUGUAGAAGAUACUGGACUCAAGGUGGAACCCUAAGGAACGUGCCUGUGGGAGGUGGUUGCAGGAAAGGAAAGCGCACAAAGGCUUCUUCUUCUGGUGAAAAUUCAAGCUUUCAGCCACAGAUACCUCAGCAGCAAGCUCAGCAACAAAACUUGACAUCACCACAAAGUAUGAUCUCUUCUAAUCCAAUGAUCAUUAGCGCAAGUUCUGCUUUGAGAACUAAAGAAUCUGAUAGCUUGGCUUCAUCAUCUGCUAUUUCUUCAGUGGGAUCGUAUUAUCCUGGUGGUGGGUUCUUGUCAUCUUUGGCUGCAAUUCAGUCAAUGAACCAACCGCAACCUUUUAAUCAGCCUCUCAAUCAAGCUCUAAGUAUUGGUGGUGGUGACUUGGGUGGUUCUUCAAAUUUGGGUCUUUUGCAGGGAUAUGUUGUCCCUUCUUUUGGGUCACAACAGCAUCAGCCAAUUCAGCAAACUCAUUUCUUUCAAAUGUUUAAUCGAGAAAAGACUGUAAAUAUGUACCCAUCUACUCAAGAGGGCUUAAUUCAGUCUAGCAGGUCUGCUGCAGGUAAUUCUUCUCAGCAGAGCUGGCAUCAAAGUUUCAUCAACAAUAGUAAUCCUACAGUCUCUGAAGCGACUUUGUGGAGUAUCAACAAUAACAGCAGCACAAGCACCGCUGGCAACACUAACACCAGCAACACCACUGGUUCUUCUUCUUUGAAUCCAAAUCAAUGGCCUGAUCGUCCAGGUUAUGGUGCACCAUAGUGUUUUUUCUUCAGCCACUGCUGUACUCCCUCCAAAAGAAGCGCCUAAAGGUGGACAAUUUAAUAAUUUGGAAGGACAACAUUUUGC